UGCUUUGAUAGGGUGAAGUGUGAAAUAGUGAUAGUCGGGGAGAUGGGAUGGAGUGCAUGCAGUGGGUGAAUGGAGAGGAGGGGAUGGACGGACGGAUGGAUGAGAGGAGGAGGAUUGGAGGACCUGUGGGCAGGUUCUGUUGCACUUUACAUCACUCCCCAUAUAGAGCUCAACACUCCAUUUUCCUGCCUAUCUCCUCCACUCGAGCUCCAACCUCCUUCAACGCACAGACAAGGACUCUCCUCACAUCUUGAACCAAACACUUUGGGAGAAACGGUUCAUCAUCUCACCAAGCGGGAUCCGAGUGAAGAGCCACCAUGGAGGCCAUCAAGAAGAAGAUGCAGAUGCUAAAACUGGACAAGGAGAACGCCAUCGACAGGGCGGAGCAGGCAGAGACGGACAAGAAGGCGGCUGAGGACAAAUGUAAACAGCUGGAAGAAGAGCUGCUUGACCUCCAGAAGAAGAUGAAGCAGACGGAGGAUGAACUGGACAAGUUCUCUGAGGGCCUGAAGGAUGCUCAGGAAAAACUGGAAUUGUCUGAGAAGACAGCGGCAGACGCAGAGGGUGAUGUCGCUGCGCUGAACCGUCGCAUCCAGCUGGUGGAGGAGGAGUUGGACCGGGCCCAGGAGAGGCUGGCCACAGCGCUGCAGAAACUGGAGGAGGCCGAGAAAGCUGCAGAUGAGAGCGAGAGAGGAAUGAAGGUGAUCGAAACCCGAGCAAUGAAGGAUGAGGAGAAGAUGGAGAUUCAGGAGAUGCAGCUGAAGGAGGCUAAACACAUUGCGGAGGAGGCCGACCGCAAAUACGAAGAGGUGGCUCGCAAGCUGGUGAUCCUGGAGUUGGAUCUGGAGCGAGCUGAGGAGAGGGCCGAGCUCUCGGAAUGUAAAGCCAGCGACCUGGAGGAGGAGCUGAAAAAUGUAACCAACAACUUGAAGUCCUUAGAAGCCCAGUCGGAGAAGUACUCAGAAAAGGAGGACAAGUACGAGGAGGAGAUCAAAGUUCUCACUGACAAACUGAAGGAGGCCGAAACCCGUGCAGAAUUUGCAGAGAGGACAGUGGCCAAACUGGAAAAGUCCAUCGAUGACCUGGAAGAAAAAUUGUCACAUGCCAAAGAGGAGAAUCUGGACAUGCAUCAAAUCCUGGACCAGACCCUGCAGGAACUUAACAGCUUAUAAACAAACACACACAUUCGCAUGCACACACACGCACACACACAAGGAUGAGAUGUAACAUUCCAUAAAUGUUCAACUCCAUUCCACUGCAUUCCUUGAGUAAGGGGGGAUUAGUUUAAUGUCCCUCGAUGUUCUUUUUGUUUUGUUUUUUUCCAAAAUGCAAUUUUGUUUUCAAGACAUGACGUUAAACACACGGUUCCUCUCAAACUGCACAAAUUCUCUCCCCACAUCCAGCCUCCAAUUAUUUAGACCUCUUUAAAUAGAAACCAUUCAAAUUGACAUUGUUAUUCCAUCCAGCCACACCUCACAGUUGAGGAAGAAGCACAGACUAAAGUUUACCUUUCGUUAUUUUUUAUUCUUUUUAUUUUUGUUAAACUCUCUCAAUUGUAGCAAGACUCUGAAGCGCCACACUGUGGUGGAAUGCAGCUGGUGAACACAAUCAGCAUGGUUGGUUAUCAAAUGUUGGUCACAUACAACACCUACUUGUGUGUCUUAAUGGGCAUUGUUAAUUUUUUUAUUAUUAUUUUUUUUUUUAGGUCUGGUACAAUACAAUUGAGUUCAAAGUAUACAUGUAUUGCAUACACGAUAAUUAUCUAGCUUUGGCCAACUUUUUAAAAUUUUUAAAUUUAUCUUGUUAAAUUUCAACAAUGGAGGCAAUAUUCUGAUUAUAUAUGAAAUCAAAAUCCCCAAACCACUGGAAGUGUUGUCAAGUAUGAUAAGCCACGGAUCCUUGUUGUAUAUAGUAGAAUAAUGUGAGGUUUAGUACUGCCUUUUUUUGUUUUGUUAUUUUUUUUUAUCACUUCUUGAUGCCAGAGGAACUUUCAAGACCAAAGAAAACAAACAACAUGCACAAUAGAUUGUCAACACCAUUUUUAAAAUAUCAUCUCAUACCAGGGCCAUUUAAAAAUGCCUCCAAUUUUGGUCAAGAACAUUUUUAAAGUGCUUAAUUCACCAAAUCCCCUCCAUGUUACCUAAUAAAGGUUUUACAGAAAUGUUGA